UAUAAUCGAUAGGAUAUAUAAUCCGACUCUGUAGAUAAAAUUGCGUAAUCGAACCGAUAAAACCGGGAAAGGAGCUCGUCGUCGACGUACCUAUCCUAUAUCUUCUUAUCUGCUUCGUGAUUCAUACAAUAUUGCAAAGUACACGCAGCAGAUAACGAAGAUCUCGAAUCUCGUGUGACGGUGAACGGGUUGGUGAAUAAAGUGCGAGUAGGAUUUUGGCUGAGCAUCAUCGCGCGUGAGAUGGUGUUUUUUAUUAACGCGCUUUAUUAGCUUGGAUUAAUCCAAUUUGCCAAGUCUCUUCGACUAGUCAAAAGCCAACCCCGUCACAUCCGAGAUAAAAAAAUAACGCAUAAAUCAAGGAUUUCAUUGAUUAAUACGGCAGCAUGUUGGAAAACGUCAAUAAGGAGUUGGUGCCUAUAAAGUCACAUUAUUUUCUCUUCAAUGCUGCGACAGCACCAAUGGUACAAUUUUUGCCAACAAUUGGAAAGCAAUUGGGCUUCUCUGGAACAUUAGUUGGCACAAUGUAUACAGUAUUACCGAUUUCUGGUCUAAUUGCGAAGCCGUUGUUUGGUAGUUUAGCUGACAAGUUCAAACUGCAUAAGACUUUCUUUUUGAUAUUCCAAGCUAUAUUAACGAUAGCCUUCUUCUCUAUUUAUUUUAUUCCUGAAAUAGACAGAAGUGCGAGCAUUACUCUUAUAUGUAACAAAAAUAUACCAUUUCUAAAGAUUUGUCCACAAAAACAAUUUACACAUAAAGCGUUAAGUGCCAUAAUGGAAAAUAUUCAUAGUGAUUUAGUUUGUCAGUUAUCCUGCGAGAGAGCACCUCAUGGUUAUUUAGAGUUAUCUGGCAAGAAUGUCUCUAUGAACAGCAAAUUCAAAUUUAGUGCACAAUUUGAUAUAUUUAAAGACUUUAUUACAGAUAAUUGCGUAGAUGUAAACGUGCAUGAGUUUAUGGAUGUUUAUGGUGACGCACACAUGCCAAUAUGUGGGGACCAACUGAGAACCAAGUGCACAGCAACUUGUCAUAACAGCAGUGCAUUUAAUCAUCUCUUACUAGAGACCAAAGAUUCGAAAGCUGAUACAAGACAAUCCACGUAUCAAUUCCAUCUGUUCUUGUGGGCAGCUAUAAUAAGCUGGAUCGGAAUGGCCGUCGUAGUUAGCAUAGCAGAUGCUAUUUGUUUCGAUCUUCUUGGUUACGAGAGAAGAAACGAUUAUGGGAAACAGAAGAUGUGGGGCAGCAUCGGUUUCGGUAUAUUUGGCAUAAGUGCAGGCUGGCUGGUGGAUCUUUUGAGCGAAGGACAGUAUGGAAAAGAUUAUACUUGUAUAUUUUACAUUAUGCUGGUAGCUAUGAUCGCUGAUAUCAUUAUAGUAGCUGUGACAUUGAAAAAGAAAAAUCCAGAGUGCUCUACAGAUGAACCUUCACUAUUUCGGGAACUAUCGAGUGUUGUCACAGAAGGCAGAGUAUUAGUAUUUGCCUGGUGGUGCAUAGGCGCUGGGAUGUGCACAGCAGUUAUUUGGAACUUUCUGUUUUGGUAUAGCGAAGAUUUAGCGACAAAUUCUCACGUUGCAUGGAUUAAGACUCUGCAAGGUCUCAUGACUGGCGUUCAGUGUUUCUUAGGAGAAUUACCCUUCAACUUUCUAUCGGGUAGCAUAUUGAAGAAACUCGGCCACAUUAACGUCAUGAGUCUCGUCUUACUCAUUUACGCAAUCAGAUUUAUGGCAUAUAGCGUUGUAUUAAAUCCUUGGCUGUUUUUAAUUCUUGAAUUACUCCAUGGACCCUCAUUUGGUCUGUGUUGGCCAACAAUGGUAUCCUACGGUGACAAAGUGACACCAUCUGGUACCAAAGCCACUAUGCAAGGCUUUGUCGGUGCCAUCUUCGAAGGAAUUGGAGUUGCAAGCGGUAGCUUCAUAUGUGGUUGGAUGAUAGACACAUUUGGAGGUGUUAUACUAUUGAGAACGUUUUCAGUAGGUGCGCUUGCAUGGUUGAGUAUAUUUUGGUUGUUGGAACUCUUAUUGAGGAAAUUGAAGGCCAAUCCAUUAUAUCGAGGCCAUAAUCGUGAGUAACGAUUAUGUGGAUGUAUAACGAAGUAUAAUUUAGCAAAUUAUGCUAAUCCAGACGAUGCUAUUCUUAUGACAAUAAGUCAAGAGUUGCAAACCUAUUAAGAACAAUUUGUAUGAAGCGAAAAUAUUAUUACACAGAGCAAAGAAAAUAUUAUUGACUGAGAAAAGUUAAUCUUUCACUGCAUUGCAUACUGAAAGAAAUAUUUGUCUCAUCGUAUUUCAUCUUUUUAUAUC